AUGAGCAGAAAAAAUCCAAAGAAGAAAAAAUCCAAAGGGAGAAAAAAGGAAAAUAAUUCCUCAUCUAAUGUAUGUGGCAAGGAUGACGAUGAAUUGAAUGAGGAGGAGGGAGCAAAUCGAGGAGGGGGACUCAACAUAAACGGACCAAAUGAGGGUAAUCCUGCCCCUCCAAAUCGUCCAGUUAGUGACACUGUGAAAGGGGAAAAAGAAAGGGGUGACAGUACACCUACUGGAAAUACUGCGGAAAAAGGUCGAAACCCUACCAGUGGAGAUGAAACAGAUAGGGAGGAAGACAAUAAGGGGCACACGCCCGACGAGGUGAUCGAAAUGGGAAUGGACAAAAGGAAAGGAACAAAGCGAAGGAAAAAGAAAAGCGCGCCCACAGCGGUUAUUACGAACAAAGGAGCAAGCGAAAGUGGCAAAUUCAAAUCUGUUAAUGAUGAUGUGGAGGAUUUUCCUAUACCCAAUAAUGACCAAAACGCGGAAGAACAAACAAGCAGUCUCUUUCCAAAUAUUGACGUCGACACGAUGUACUGUUUACCUGCAGAAAAGGGAGAUGACCAAAAUGAAUUUUUAAGGGAUCUAAAUAAAGAAAUAGAAAAAUUUAAAAAAAAAUUUAAGGAUGAUAACGUGCUGCCAAGUGUGCGCAGAGACAGACACAGCUUCAGUAGUAACUUCUGCAUCAAGAAAGAGGCAGAGAAGAGGGGAGGGAAAAAUGCCAUGGUAAUAGGUGAAGCGGCAAGAGGUGGGAAUAAAAACACUGCGAAAUGCAAUGCGCUCCCCAGAUAUGCCCCUUCAGAAAAAGAAAAAUACAACUUUUAUGAUAUGCUAAUGAGGGGACACCUGUUCAUAAGACUAAAAAGAAAAAUUAGAAAAAAAAAAAAAAAAAAAAUUAAAAUAAAAACUAAGAAUUACCAAGUGGUGUGCGACUUGUGUGACAUGAGAGCGGAAGGAGGAACCAUAUCGAAGACAAAGAGGAAAUAUUACAUAUUCAAUUACAACUGUGGGAACACCAAAAUUCAGUCCAUCACGGGCUACAUUCGUUGCUUCAAGGGUUACUAUCUAUACAAGCAGAACAGCAAUAACUCUGCCACUGCUAGCGGUACGAGCAGUAGUCUUCGCGGAAGCCACCACGGCAGCCACGAUAGUUAUAAUUUGAAGAGAAAGUUAAGCGAGGGACGAUACACCCCAGGGGAAAUGGCCAUAUCGGUUCUGCUCUGCGUUAAUGUGUCCAACUGUUUAUCCCCCUCGGAGUUCCUUGAGCUCCUACACCCCUUUGACAAUUUCAUAUUUUUUUUAAAAGUUUUAAACAAAAAAAAUAAUGAAGAGUACAUGAUCUACUUCCUAACGUUCGAUGUGUAUGCGAAGAAAAUUGUGAAAAAGGUGAAGAGGAUUAGUUUUUUUAACAUGAAAAAAAAGAAAAGAUUAAAAGUUUACAUCGUGAAGGACAUCACCAUGAAUGCCACUACCAGGAUAAAGAAAAACACGCAACGGAUGGUACGCGUGAAGACGUUCUACCAAGAGGGGGGAGAGGGGGAUGUGAAUGCGAAUACUAACGGAAAGGUGGACCAGAACGGAGAGCAUAGCUUUCCGCACAUACUUGAGAAUAUGCAACCGUCUCGCAAAAGCAGAUUUAUCAAUCCCCUUUAUCUCAUUUCGCAAAACAAAAUACAACUCUCCUGUGCAGUUUGUCUGGAACCGUUGUACUCGGACAGCCUCAGUAAGGUAAUAUCGCACGUUUUUAAUUUAAACUUUGGAACGCAAAAAAGGAGGGAACCCAAGGCAAGCAGGCCAUCCCCACCGAACCAAGACAAUGGCAGUAGCGCCGAAUGCGCUGUUGUGGUUCCCGUCGCUAACACCGGUGCUACCACCUUUGGCGAAACAUAUUACGGUCAGGAUGAGCAGAGCGGAAAAAUAAGUAGGAGCCAUAGCAAUAGUAAAACUAGCAGUAUCAGCAAUAGCAGUAGCAGUUCACGAAGCUACCACAGCAAUACGUUCAGGAAGGGGUGUCCGUAUGAAACAAAAGCUUUGGGCAGGCGAACGAAGGAGCGCCAAUAUUAUUGCGUUAAGACGUUAAGCAGUUACACCAAUGAAGAGAACAGGAGCUACUACCUAUCCGUUAUCUCAUUUAUCCAUAAUAUACAAAAAAAGUAUAACAGUCAAGUGAAGAAAAAAAAAAAAAGUGAGAGGAAAACAAUUUUUAAUAACGUGUGCAUUAACAUUCUUUGCGGUCAUAUAUUCCAUUCCAGCUGUCUUAAAAAAUGCUGUUUCACAUCUUGUCCCAUCUGUCGAUAUAAACAGUACAAUUAUCAGAUAGCCAAUUGUGAUGUAUGUGAAAAAAAACAAAAUGCAAAAAUUUGUUUAUUCUGUGGCUUCAUUGGAUGUUCUGUAAAUUAUGAUCGCUUAAACAGACUGAAGGGGAUAAAAAUAAAGGAAAAAAAAAAACUCCUCAGAAGAAAAAAAAAACUAAUUGCAUAUAUUAAAUACACCUUCUUACGAAUCGUAAAUUUUUUUAUAAGCAAGGGAAACUACUUUGUUGUGCCUCCCUUUGUAGCUGCAAGUGUAGAUCGUCAUUGUAAUUGUUGCCAGGCGUUAGGGGAAGGAAGCGAAAGAACUAAGAUUAAUGAACUUACAUGUAGUGCCAUUUCUGAAGGAGAGGGAAAUAGGAAAUUGUGCACUCUAGGAGGGGGAAGUACCCUUCUCGAUGUUAACGCAACAUGUACAAGUGUGAACAGGCAGGGAGUAUCCAACCAUUUGACAGUGCCCAUCGAAGAAAUCCCAAGUGAAGCAGAAAAUGUAAACAGAAUUAAUGACCCUGUCAUUAGGUCAACGAAAAAUGACGGAAUCCAUCCCCAUUUGCAAAUGUGUAGUGUACGCAGUAACUAUGCUAAUUCUGAGGUGAACAUAUGUGCAGAGAAAAAAGAUAUCGUCGAAAGGUUGGACUUCUCUACAGAGUACAAUACAUGUGGAAAGAAUAGGGGGGCCAUGAGGAGGCAUGACUCGCUCACUUUCUUUUUCAGAUUUAGAAAAAUGAUACGAAUGGACAGUAAGAAGGGAAAAGGUACCAAACACCGGUGGAGGCAUAAAGAAGGUGAAAACAAAAUAGGCACAGGGAAAAUCAGACAGGUAAGCGAUAGGCAUGAAAAGAGACGCCAUAAGGAGAGCGCAAGUGAUAUGAGAAAUAGGCACCGUGGAACGCGUAAACAAAGUGGUCGAGUCAAGCGCAAAGGGUACUCCUUCAACAUGUACGACUUUUUCAGGAAAGACAUUAACAAGCGCAAGUAUUCCGUUGAGAAAAGAAAAAAGAAAAAACUCAUUGACCACGCAAAGGAGCAUUUCUGCGAAACGAUGCAUAACUACUUCUUCGACAUUUCCAAAAAUUCAGUGUUCGAUUACAGCAGCAACUUGUAUAUAAAAAAAUUAAUAAAUUUAAAAAGUGGAAAAAAAAAUUUGAAAAAAAUUUACGCAACAAAUAUAAACAUCAAUGGAAAGGAAGGCAUAAUAGACAAAAAAAAUAUCAUCAUGUAUAUUUACGAAUUUAAUCAACUGUUAAGUGCUUUGUUGGAAAGUCAGAGAGACCAUUUCAUAUCCUGUAUUUAUGAUUUGAAAAUAAAUUAUGAAAAUUCGAACAAGAAUAAUUCCAGGGAAACGAGCAAAUGUUUGAAUGAGUUAAAAAUGGCACAAGAAAGAAACAAACAGUUGAAAGCUCAAGUUAAAAAAAAAAUUAGUAUUCUUCACGAGAAAGCCAAAACGAAUGCCGAACUUCUGCAGCAGCUCAGAAAUGUAGAAAUUAUAAAUGCAAAACUGUGUGCAAAUCAGAAGCAAGAAAUUCAUAAUAAAGAAGCUAUGGCUGAGGAGAAGAAAAAAAUCAUACGGGAGAAGCAGCAAAUUAUACGCGACCUAAAUCAGCAGAUCACCGAUUUAUCCUUCCACAAACAAGUAACGGAAAAGUUUUCUCAAAAUUCUGGAAUGACGAAUUCGUCCUUCAUUAUAGGGGAGAAAAUGACUCCGAAGAGCAGGUUCAAGAAGCGGUAA